GAUAAUGAUAAUUUACAGCAGCAAGUUUAUGAACUAGAAAGAAAGAACCGUAAAUCACAAAUCCAAACAAAAAAGGAAUUAACUGCCAAAGAGAAAGAAUUGAGAGAAUUAGAACGGGCAGCAGAAUUGUUAUUGGAGGCUUUUCGGGCUGCCGAAGACCAGGCCAGGGAGGACAAAGACACUAUUAAGGAUUUUAGAAAAUCAAAUAGCAAUUUUAGAAGA